AUGGGGGCCCGAUCGCCCUUCCCCCGGAUUGGCGCGGCCCUCGCCUACCUCGGAUUCAUGUCGAUCCCAUGCGCGGCCGGCCCAUGCGCGCUCGAGUUCGCGAUCGACGCGGACGCCUCCCUGCUGAGCGCCGCUGGUGCCAUGGCGCCGGAUUCGGGCGCCGGAGAAUCGGAUGCGGGCGAUUCGAUUUCCGAUCCGAUCGCCCUGGCCCCCGAUCCGCGCCGCCUGACAAUUGGCGCCUCGGGGGGCCUGUCGCUGGCCUUCGAGGCGCCCGGCGACGCGGGCUGCCCCCCGACCGGGCUGGCCGUGGUCAGCGCAGUCAACGGGCUGGUCAACGUGGUCAACAGAUCAGCCAACGUGUCGCUGACCCACACCCGCCACGUGGCGGUCUAUCCGGCCGUGCUGCCGUUCACCGGGCCCGUCAGGCUGGCCGGGGCCAGGUGGGGGUUGGCGGGCUGGGCCAUGGUGACGGAAUCGAAUUCGAAUUUGAAUUUGAGCACGGUGGCGGUUUUGGCGGGGAGGCUGGCGGCUGAGGCGGAGGGGGGCGCGGCUUGGGCGGGCGAGGGGCUCGAGCCGCCGGAGGGCGGGGGCGCGGGACUGGGAGGGGGAGGAGAGGGGGACCUGAGGAUCACGCUGCAGAGUUGGUAG